AAGCUUCGCCCACCGGCGACCCUGAAAAGAGUGGCGCUUCUGACGGGCCGAACGCAUCAUGCGCCUACACGCCCUGGGCGUGUUUGCUUGUCUUUGGGUGUACACGGACGCCUAUGUGCCGCCCUCUUGGUCCAGGGCUGGCUUGGAUGCGGUGCAGGACUCAAGAGCAGCCCAGGAGGCUCCGGACUCGGCGUCGCCUGGAAGCCUUGUGCAAGCAGCCCUGGGCGCCAGCUUCGGUGCUGGCUGUUUGAUGGGAUACCUCAGCAGACGGCGGCUGCUCGCGACCAGUGGCUUGUUGGCCUCACUGCCAUCACAGGCGGCGCGCGCCAUUGGCCGCUCGGAGGAGCGGACGGAGCUGCGCCCGGUGGACAUCAACAACGCCAGCGUCAUCGAGUACCAGCAGUUCAAGGGGCUGUACCCCUCAGGGGCUGCGAUCAUCAGCGGCAAUGGCCCGUAUAGCAAGGUCGAAGAUGUCUACAAUCUUCGGGGGAUCAAGGACAAUGACAUCAUGAAGGCGAUCAUCAAAAAAUACGAGCCCUACUUGGAGUGCAACGCCUACACCCCGAAGAAGGCAACCCGAAUGCUGUAUAAAGAGACCAACUGAAGAGCUUCAUCGAUUGGAACAACAGCGAUCACCAGGAGCUUCUUCUCCGCCAAGCGUGCGGAAGCAGCGG